AUGAAUCUUUAUCAACUUUUUCAAUUACUGUUAACAUUAUUCAUCAUUAAAUUAAGUUUACCAUUUGCCAGAAGGAUGUAUUCAAACGUAAAGAGAAACACAAGAAACCUAUUAAUGCCUAGAAAUAAUAACAGAUACGUUCAAAAUGAAGCAUUUUUGAAGAGAGGUGGUUACCUUGCUGGUCUUCUGAACGAAGGUAACACAUGUUUUAUGAACUCUGUUCUUCAAUCUUUAGCAUCAUCACAAGAGUUAAUGAAAUUUCUUCAAGAGACUAUCGAUAAAGAUGAAGAUGACUCAAAUGAAGUCAAAUUCUCCAUUGCAUUAUUAGAUCUAUUGAAUAAAUUAGAUGGGAAAUAUGGAACGCAAAGAGCAUGGUUUGAAACCACCAAAUUAUUGAAAACCAUGUCAAAUGGACCAAAUAAAAAUAUUAUAUUGGGUUAUGAUCAAGAAGAUGCACAAGAGUUUUUCCAACAAAUUUUACUUGAGUUAGAAAAGGAUGUGAAAUUGGUUAAUCAAGAAGAAGCAGACGAAAAGAAGGCUAACAAUGGUAACCAUAAAAAACAUGUUUGCCAAAAAGACCUACCAACCGAUGCACUAUUAAACCAAGAUGAUUUACAAAAAGUUGGAACAGUUUAUAUUCCAACUGACCAAAUUGAACCCAACUUGGUCAACUCUAAAGAAGAGAAUUAUUAUACACCUUUCAGACUAGUUACUCCAUUAGAUGGUACAACUGUUGAAAGAGUUGGUUGUUUAACUUGUGGUGAGAAUGGUGGGAUUAGAUAUUCUGUAUUCUCUGGUCUAAGUUUAAACCUACCAAGUGAAAACAUUGGUGCCACUUUAAAAUUAACUGAGCUAUUAAAUGAAUGGAGUAAACCUGAAAUAAUUGAAGGUGUUGAUUGUAAUCGUUGUGCCCUUAAUGCUGUUCGUGAACAUUUACAAAAUCAAAUUGAAUCUAACAGUGCAAUGCCAACUAAAUUAGCCGAUGCCAUUAAGGGAAGAAUCGCUAAAUUAGAUGACGUUUUGUCUAAACCUGUGAUUGAUGAUGAAGAUUAUAAGGAGCUACAUACAGAAAAUAUGGUUCGUAAAUGUUCUAAAUCUAAACAAAUUAUUAUGUCAAGGCCACCACCAUUAUUGUCAAUCCAUAUUAACAGAUCUGUUUUCGAUCCACGUACAUAUAUGAUUAGAAAAAACAAUUCAAGAGUAUUAUUCAAGUCUAGAAUAAACUUAGGACCAUGGUGUUGCACACCAAAUGAGAUUAAUUUAGAUGCUAGAUUACCUCUAUCUAAAAAAGAACCAGUAUCUGAUGAAUCCAGUGAGGAUGAAAAUAUUGGGGGUGAAUAUUAUGCUAAUUUACACCACAGAUUCGAACAAGAAUUUGAAGAUAGUGACGAAGAUAGUGAUGAAGAAGGUUAUAAUGUGCAAAAUGCCAGACGUAAAGAUGUAACAGACUAUGAUCCUCUUGGUGGUGAAAUGGAUGAUUCAGAUUAUUCCACAGAACAACAUGGUCAAGAGGAAGACGGUGUUGAGUACAUAGAAGAAGUUGAUUCCUUAGGAAAUACGAUUAGAAGGAAAAUAAUUAAGACAGAAGAAAAUGAUGUGGAUGAAAAGGAAGAUAUGGACGUUGAACAUGUUGAAAAUAAUAUGGACUGUGAUAGUGAUGAGAAUCAUGUUGCCUUAGAAGACAGAAGGGAUUCUGACAGCGAUGAUUCAGAACCAGAAACAAAUUUUGACGAAGAUACUAAAGAACAAAUUGUACCAAAAUUAUCGACUGUUCCUGCAACACCAUUAACAUAUUCAUUAAGAGCCGUUAUCAUUCAUUAUGGUACUCAUAACUAUGGUCAUUAUAUUGUCUUUAGAAAACAUAGAGGGUUAUGGUGGAGAAUUUCUGAUGAGACUGCUGAUGUUGUUGAGGAAGAAGAAGUCUUGUCUACACCAGGUGUAUUCAUGCUAUUUUAUGAAUAUGACUAUGAUCAAGCUACAGGUAAAAUGAAGGAUGAUAUUGCAGAAUAUGAGGAAGAAGAUAGCUUCCCAGAAAUUCUUCCAGAAAAACAAACCACAGAAGCCUCUGGAAUAGAUAUCAAUGAGCGUUCAGAGAAUCGUAGCAACGAACAAGAAAAGGAAGAAUCAUUGACUGAGGAAGAACAAUUACCAGAAAGUUUGGAAACUAUGCAAGCUGAAGACAAGUUAAAUUGA